AUGCGGAUCGAGAAGUGCUGGUUCUGCUCCAGCAGCAUCUACCCCGGUCACGGCAUUCAGUUUGUGCGAAAUGACUGCAAGACCUUUCGCUUCUGCCGCUCAAAGUGUCACAAGCACUUCAAGAUGAAGCACAAUCCUCGUAAGUUGAAGUGGACAAAGGCAUACAGGCGUGCACGUGGGAAGGAGAUGGUCGUUGAUUCUACUUUCAACUUCGAGAAGAAGCGACUCACGCCCACCAGGUAUAACCGGAACUUGAUGGUCAAGACGGUGCGAGCCAUGCAGAUCGUAGAAAGGAUCAGGUCUGUGCGGAAGGAGCGCUUCCACAAGGCUCGAUUGGCCGCACAACUCAGGAAACGGCAGACGAGUGCACAGAAGGAAAUUGCGAAGAGUGCUCACCUCUUGGAAGGGCCGAACAAAGAGAAGGCCUUGCGUUACCAGAAGGAGUUCGCGGGAUCUACAAAAGCGAAGGCGAGACAGAAGGUCAAGGUCGAGAAGGCAGCUGGCGGCUCCAUGGAAGUGGAAGAGUAA